UAACAUUUGACUGCCCACUUUUUUUAGAAUUUGUCAAUCCAACCUCUACAUCCUUUUCCCCUAAUGGUUCGCUUAGGAUGUCGACAGCUACAUUCAGGUGUGAGGCAACAUAUUAAUCACCACCUCCCACAACAGCCAAGAUUUUCUCCAUUUGUACAUAGCUGUCAGUUUAGAUCCAUAGCAAAUCUGUCGACAGGAACCAAAAAGGAAGAAUCUAUGAGCAUCCAAAACUAUCUGUCAGAUAUCGACCACGCUUUUAUUCAACACCAAAAGGCAGCUACAAAAAGAAAGAUUCCAGUUCAUAUUUCCUCCAAGAUCAAUAAAUUAGAUUCACCGAUCCUUCUGUCUAUCCACUCUCAUCUCUCUUCUGGGGAUACAGCCAAAGCAUGGAAACUAUUUGAUAAAUCUAUUUUACCUUUAUCUGAGCACCCCAUGCCUCGAGCUACAGCACACAUGUUGUUGGAAUCUCUUUAUUCAGACAUUUACAGCAAUUAUGCUCGAUUCUCACUUAAUUUUGGGAAAAUUGGAGAACUGUAUGUGACAAGACUGGAAGCGCUCGUGGGACUGGUCAAGAGAUCUGCCAUCAGACAUAAUCUAUGGGAUAAACGCGAUUUUUGUAUGCUCAUUGAAAUGUAUGGUAAAUUGAAUCAACUUCGGCGAGCAGAGACACUGUUUAGAAAUAUGUCACAACACUGCCAGGACGAAAUUUGUGUGGAUAUUUAUAAUGAAAUGCUUGCUAUGUAUGUUCGUCGUUUUAAAUACGAAAGCGACAUAGUCAAAAAGCGCUAUUACUCAAAGAUGGAAUCACUGGAAACAGAGAUGAUACGAAAAAACUUGACACCAAAGACAUCAUCGUAUAACCUAAUGCUGGCUGCCAAGAUCAAGCUGCAAGAUCUACCGGGAGCAGAGAAAGUUCUUUCGAGGAUGAAAACGCCGCCCAACAGAAUGACCUACAAUAUUUUGUUGAACGGAUUCUUAAAGGAGUGCAGAACAGCAAAGGAUAGAGAGAUUGCCAACAAAUGGCUAGAAAGAUUGGCAGCAUCUGCGUUUGAGCCAAAUGCACGAACCUUUAAAAAUGUCAUUGACGGUUUAGCGGAACAAGCUGGUCAUUAUAUGCGGAUGAAGGAAACAGAAGAAGUUAAAGCAAUUGUUCAGUCAGUGUCCAGUUUACAAAAUGUAAUGAAUUGCUUAGGAUACAGAAUGGAUACAGAAAUGAUCAACACUCUUUUAAAAUGUUAUACUGCUGCCAAUCAUGUAGAACAUAUAGACGCAAUCAUGGGAAUGCUGGCACUUCCAGAGAGAAAAGGUGGCUGCGGGAACUGUGGAUGUGGCAAACAGAGUACAGCACAAGUUGAAUCUUUUAAGCAGCAGAAAAAGGUUUUACCGGACGCAUACACAUUUAAUAUCUUGAUAAACCAUCAUCUCUCAAAUGGAAGAUUAGAGCAAGCCCUUCAGAUGUAUAAUGACAUGGUUACCCUUAAGCUUGACCCAGAUACGACAACAUAUGGUAGCUUCAUCUCCUACUAUGCUAAUCAAGGCGCUGUUGAAGAAAGUUUAAAAUAUCUUGAUGUCAUGAAGAAGAAAGGAAUCCCUGUCAAUAGCUAUAUUUAUAACAUUCUGUUAAAAUGCUCAGGGAAAUAUCCACAAUUUGCUCAUCUUAUCACCCCACAUCUAGAUUCGAUCUUGACAACAGGAGUUAGUUUGGAUACCGUUUCUAAAAACAUCUUGCUUCAAAUGCAAACAAGAAAUUCACAAAGUUUAGAUACCAGUUUCGAAAACUUUUUAGACACCCUCGAUCGAAAUCUAUAUACCGGAAGCGAUAUUAGUGAGCAUCCAGCACCAACAACGCGAACUUAUAAUACAUUAUUACAAACCAGUGGUCGGUUCUAUAAAGCAAAAAAAGCAAGAUUCAACAAGACAUUAGAGUUAGUUAUGAACAGCUUAGAUACCUCUAAUGUUCGACCAGAUAUCUUAACUUUUGCGCUGGAAAUUCGCAAUGCUUCUUAUCGAGGAGAUAUGAUCAAAGCAGAAUCGAUAUACAAGGCAAUGAUGGAUUCCGGCAUUAAACCCAACACCUUUAUUUUCUCACAUUUAAUAUAUGGCUACAGUAAUAUUGGGAAACUAGACAAAGCACAAGAUAUUUUAAGAAUGAUGUCAGGUCCACCCUAUAAAGUUAUACCUAGUGCUAUCAACUAUGCACCUCUGAUCAAAGCCUAUGUGGAAUCAGCUGAAUACGAUAAGGCACAUGGACUGUUUCGAGAAAUGCUAGAUAGUAACGUAACCGCAGAUCUUGUCAUUUACACCAUUCUGGCAGAGGCAUUUUUACAUUACCCUGCAAAAGACAGUGGCAAAAGAGCCAUUGAAUUACUAGAGAGUAUUCAAAGCUCUGGUAUAUCCAUGGACACAGCCUCGCUUACUCUUUUAGCCAGUGCAUAUGGUAGUGACGCAGCGUUCAUGAUAGAGUCGUCUGAGCAUUCUUUCCAACAGGAAGAGAAUCUCCGAGAAAGCCUUGAAAGUUAUACCAACAAGAUUAAUACGAUAUAUGAGCAGCUUAAAAGAAAAAAUUGGCUUGACUCUCAGGCUAUCUCAGCAUUACUAUUAGCACAUAUCCAAAUGAAAAACCUCACGGCUGCAUGGACACUUUGGAAAGACUGUAAAGGCUACAAGCCAGAAAUUUUAAAUAGUCACAACUACAAUACACUGUUGACUGGUUUUGCAGCUGACAAGCAUUGGUAUCCUUUAGCGAUAAUGACAUUUAAAGACAUGGCAAGUGAAGAGCGAAUACAUCCUACGGUCUAUACAUUUGAUACAAUGAUAUGGGCAGCACAUUUGAUGAAUGAUGAUGAAACUGUGGAAUACCUCUGGUCUUCUCCCCUGCGAAUAAAUCCAGACACAAACAAACCUUUUGCUUUACUAGUACGCAGUUACUAUGCUGUUUUAGAUACCAUGUUAAGGAACAACAAACUGAAUGCUGCAAAGGAUGCUUUUCAAGAAUACCAAUCAAUACCAAGUACUCCUGACUCAUCUACAGUUUGGAAUAACAAGAUAAAUAAUUUAGUAUCAUGGCAAGACUUUACAAAGAAUACUACAUACUAGAGUAUCUCACGGUGAUAUCACCGUAAUUAUUUAAAAUUGUAAAAAUAAAUGUAUAAAGUAAUUUAUAAAGAGGCUAUCUACACUGUUUACAUACUAUCCUAACCUUGGAGGGGACACCAGUGUCUUUGUAUAAAUACAGCGGCUGCUCUCACAAGUGAUUUCUUUCAAUAUAUAUAGAUAUAGAUGUCUUUUUCUUUUGCAUAAAAGCAUAGCUUUUGGCCAAGAUAAAGUAGCACAAAUCAUAUACAAUCGAAAUAAAAAUCAAGACUGCAUACAGCGUUAAUCAUAUCCUUUUUUUUU